GUGACCAGAGCUGCCUCCUGAGACUCUAUUUUCUGCACCCAGCUGAUCCGAGCAAAGCUACUACCCAAAGCUGGAUGGGCAGGGUGUGAAUGAAGGGGCCGAGGUGAUGAGGGAAGGAAAGGUCAGUCACAACAGCUUGCUCACGCCAUCCGACUGCUGUUGGAAUACACGGACACUCCCUAUGAGGACAAGCAAUACAGCCCCAGUGGGGAAGGCCCAGAUGCCAAGCUGCAUGUCCGGAAUGGCACAGCUCAGGAAUGGGAGCGGGAACACAGGUCCUGAUUAUGAUAUAAGCCAAUGGACUAACGAGAAAGAGAAGCUGGGGCUGGAUUUCCCGAACCUCCCCUAUCUCAUUGACGGCCAGACAAAGCUCACGCAGAGCAAUGCUAUCCUCCGCUACGUAGCGCGCAAACACAAGAUGGCUGGCGAGAGUGAGGAGGAGAUGCAGAGAGUGGACAUGCUGGAGAACCAGGUGAUGGAUUUCCGCCUGGCCUUUGCAAGGAUCUGCUACAACCCUGACUUCGAGAAACUGAAGCCGGAGUACUUGGAGCAGCUGCCCGGGAAGCUGAAGCUGUUCUCCCAGUUCCUGGGGAUCCAGAAGUGGUUUGCUGUGGAGAAGCUCACCUAUGUCGACUUCCUCGUGUACGACAUCCUGGAUCAGCACCGCAUGUUCGCGCCCAAGUGCCUGGAUCAAAUAAAGAAUCUGAAGGAUUUUCUUGACCGAUUUGAGGCCCUGGAGAAGCUCACUGCCUACAUGAGUUCUAGCCGCUACAGGAAGACUCCCAUUUUCUGGAGAACUGCCCAAUGGAGCAACAAAAAGGAGAAGGCUCAAGUGGAGCUCAGCAAAUGUCAAACAACUCUCUUGGCAUUGACCCACUACAGCAUCUGAGAAGGAGACGGAGACCCCUGGAAUCCCUCUUGCUUGCAAAGUCCCAUUAAACAGCAAAUCAGUAAUAGCUGAAAUCCGCAAGCCCUGUUGUAAUCCUUCCCACUAAGCUAGCUGCGAUUCCCACUUACUGGCUAAUGAAAACAUUUUGGUGACUGUA